UGGUGAGCUUCCUUUCGCUGGAGGUUUUUGAACAGAGGCAUCUGUUGGGGAGGCUGGAGUAGAUUCCUGCACUGGGCAGUGGGUUAGACUAGAUGGCCUCUGGGCUCCCUUCUAACUCUUAACAUUCUAUGAUUCUAAGACAGUUGCCUGCCAACAUUCCCUGGGCAGUGGCUGUAGAAAAGAGAGGAGUGCCAACUCAAGGGAGAUUUUUUGGAUUGGCAGCUAAGCCCCAAGAUCCUGGCCAGAGGAAUGAAAUAAAUCCAUAGAACGCAUGUCCCAGAAUCCUAAAUAAACACCUGUCCGAUGGCGUCUGCGGUGCCACCCAAUUUCUCCUGGGUCGCGCCGGGCCGGCUGGCGGGGCUGGCCAUGCCACGGUUGCCAGCACACUACCGGUACAUGUACGAGCACGGCAUCCGGCACCUGGUGUCGCUCACCGAACGCAGCCCGCCCUACCAUGACACGUGUCCUGGCAUCCAGAUGCACCGCCUGCGUAUCGCUGACUUCUGCCCGCCGUCGACCGAGCAGAUCCAGCGCUUCUUGCAGAUUGUGGAUGACGCCAACGCCAAGGGGGAGGCCGUGGCCGUGCACUGCUUGCUGGGAUUUGGCCGGACUGGGACGAUGCUGGCUUGUUACCUCAUGAAGACCCAGAAGAUCACCGGCGUCGACGCCAUCCACGAAAUCCGCCGGCUGCGUCACGGUUCCAUUGAGACGCAAGAUCAGGAGAAAGCCGUCGUCCAGUUCCACCACCGGAUCAAGUAGCCAGGAGAGGAAUGGGACUCCUCGGCUGUUGAGCAACUCCAGAGUGCAUUCAGAGGACAUUUUUUAAAAAAUGAUGAUGAUCAUAACAGUUGAUUAUUAAUGGAAAAACAGAGCGAACUCUCUCGGUGGGAACGGACUCCCCGACUGCCAGAGGUAUAACAAAGAUCUGCUUUGGGGUCUCGGUGGGUGGCUUCUGGACUUUGCAUUGCUGCUGGGAUCCAGAGGGAUCCCAGAUAUGGUGGGGGGAAUGGGAUCUAGUCGGAGCUGCGUGGAAUGAGGCUUCCUUUCCGUACCGGGAGAAGGGGUGGGAGCGCCAGUUUCCGAACUGAGCCUACAGAUCGGUGUUGGGAAGAGAAACUGGUCUCUUCCUGGUGUAAGCAGGCAGGGGAGGGCCACUGUUGGGUGUUUCUGCUGAGCUUUUGUCCCGGAAUAAAAGCUCAAACAUUAACAACCAUCAAGAUGUGUGUGAUUAUUUUGGGAUUUCUCCUGAUAUGGAGAGAGACAGACACACACACACACCCAGAGGGCAGGGGAACUACCCGCCACUGUUCCCACUCCACAAUGAGAGCCAGUGUUGCACAGAAAUGGAGGGCCCAUUCGCAUGUUGCACUGCGAUUGCAUUGCCUGACGUCUUUUUAGACGGGCACCUGGACGUUCUCCUGUCUGCAGGGAAUACCAGUUCCAGGCGGAGGCAUGAUGUAUCGUGGGGAGCCCCCAGGGGGUAAAGCUUGUACACCCCCACCCCCAGACACACCUUACGUUAUGGCUCAGGUGCCAAAGAUGUGUACACAUGUGCUUCAGAAUGUAAUGUGAGGAUGCACAGCCCUCGAGGACCUGUUUUUGGGUGUCACAGCGCAGCUGGGAAGUGCUGUUCGGCUGCAUCCUUGCUCCGGAUAUCCGCCAGCAUCUUUAGCCCUGCAAAUCUCCCCUCCUGCCCUGUGAGCCCACAAAGGGGCAGGGGGGAAAGAGGGGGAUGUUUGAAAGCCCCAGGGAAGGGCCUCCACCUAGCAAGUUCCCUUCCUCCGGGAGUGUAGUGGCGAGAAAGGACCAGAAGAGGGAGCCUGCGUGCCGUGUCUUUCCAGCUGCUUUCGAAGGUUGUGCUGGUGCCCUGAUUGUCCCUAAUUGAAACCUAAUUUUUAAAUUGGCUCUAAUUACCCCUAUGGGCUGCUCCACACACUUCCCCUGCAGGUGCGUCGUCGGCAGAUGGGAGUCGGAGGAGGGAAAGAGCCGGUGUUCGAAAAGGACAGAAGUGGCGGGAAAGGGGGGAGGAUCAAAAGUGGGUCCACCCCCACCCAAGUCCAAGAGGGUGGACACGGUCUUGGAGAGCCGCUGGAUAAAAAUAAGUGGGGGAGGAAUGGGAAAACGAGGUUGCAGUUGGAGUCCGCUACGGGAGAGGAGGCGGAUGAGACUCUCCUGAAACAAAUGGCAGGUCUUUCGAGGAAGCAAGAAUCUGCAGGCUCAGGUUCGGAAGUGUGUCACUCUGGACCAGCAAAUUUUUUUAAUUUUUAUUGUUACAUUUAUAUACCGCCUUUCAUUACAACAAUCCCAAGGCGGUUGCCUUUCAAACAAUCCCACGAGUAGUGAUGGGGGAUUUCAGUGGCCCUGUUGGGAGACAAACCCCACAAAGUGUAGAUUCGGAGAGCGGCCCUUCUAUGAGGCGAGGGAAGGCGACAGCCUUAGGCAGCAGAUUUUGGGGGUGCCGGCCAGGCAGAGAAACACACCCCGCGGCGGCUACCGUCAGAGAGCAGCUUUGCAAGGAGCACCUUGGACAGAACAGGAGGUUGCUCCACUUCUGCGACAUUUGGGGCUCCCUUUGGGUCACCGGGGGGGCGGGCUCCGUUGGUUUUAGCAGGCUGCCAGCAACACCGCCCUCGCCUCUUUGGAACGGUGAUCUCGUCCCUCUGCCCGUGCCGCAGAUGGUUCUCGGCACGUCUUGGCCGAAGUUCCCGUCCACCUGCCCAGCCUCGGGGUCCUGGGGAGCGAAGCUCAUUGGCUUGUCAAGGCAAUCAGCCGUCUGUCAUCAGCGCUCACCUCUCGCUCUUGGCACGCUAACACAAACUGACAGGCGCUCUCGUCUCCAAGACGAACCUGCACAGAAUCCUUCCUCCCCGCCUCACUUCGAAGUCCUGGGGGCAGGUUUUUCCGAAGCAGGUAAAUGACUUCAGAACCCGGCUUCAGUCAGGCAGGAGUGGAAGGAAGGCCGUGUACAUCCAGAGCCAAGAAGUAGGUUUUGUGUCCUGUAACCAGUUCAGCUGCCCGUUCUGUACGUGGGUGGUGAAUUUGGGGGUGAGAACUCCGCAUGGGGUGACAAUUUGCUGUGGAAAUGGUGCACAGUGAAAACUCUGCACCUUCCUCUGGAACCUGGGAAAACGCAACCGUGCGAGCCAAUGUGGUGUAGUGUGUUGGACGAAGACCAGGGAGACCCGAGUUCGAAUUCCCAUUCAGGCACGAAAUUCACUGGGUGACUCGGGGCCAGUCAUGCAUCUCUCAGCCGAGCCUACCUCACAGGGUUGUUGUGAGGAUAAACAUAAUGGGCUCUGUGCAGGAUAUAAAUGUAAAAUAAUAAUAAUAAGUUAAUAUAUAAAACCGAUUCUGUGCUGAUUUCUCAGUGUGGAUUAGGUGGCUUCUCUUCCUUUAGAGAAGUUGGCCCUACCGCUGCUGUUGAACUACAACUCACAUCUUCUCGAGCCACAAUCAGUUGUGACCGGGGAUGAUGGGAAUUGUAGUCCAGCUACAGCUAGAGGGCCAUCUUUGCCCACCCCUGGUUUAAAGGUAUGCAGGGUGUCUGUUUAAUAAUAAUAAAUUGGAUCUCCACGCAUGA